AUGGAUAAGUGGCAUGGUCAAGUUGGGCCUAGAAUACAAGGGGUAUUGGAGGUAAAUAAGGCAGCUAGGCAGUGGUGCAUUCCAAGGCAUGCUGGGGAAAAUAAAUUCCAAGUUAUGCAUCACAGUGGGAGACAGUUUGUGGUAGAUUUGAAUGCCCAGACAUGCUCUUGCAAAGCAUGGGAUCUCAGUGGUCUUCCUUGCCUCCAUGCUUGUGCUGCAGUGAGUAGAUUCCAUGGGAAUCCAGAAGAUUAUGUGCAUGACUUCUACAAGACAGAUGCUUAUCUAAGAACUUAUAGGGACAUGAUUCACCCCUUGCCUAGCCAAGACUUAUGGCCUAAAAGUGGUUUGCUUCCUUUGAAGCCUCCUCUUUACCAUAAACAACCUAGUAGGCCAAAGAAGAGUAGGAAGAAGGCAUAUAAUGAGCCUAAAAAGAAAUCAAAUCCCAAAAAACUCCAAAGAUACCACAUUAUCAUCAAGUGUAGCAAUUGUGGGUAA